GAAAACGAAUAAUUUCCCAUUUUCACAUUAUUUUUUUUUUUUUUCUUAUUGUGUAUUCAGAAAUCACCCAACCAAAAGUUAAAUCAACGAAAUCAAAAUGGUAUCAGUCGAGACAAUCGGAUCAAUUUUUAUCAAGGCCUUGAAACUGGUCAUUAAUUUGGUCAUCAUCUUUCUAUACCGCUGGGGAGAUGGCGGUGAAUUCUUGGGAAUCGGCGGCACCUGGAAUCUGAACGAGGAGAAGAGUGCCGAUGCGGAAAUUGUGGCCUCUGGUGUUAUGGUUGGUUUCCUUAUCUACACUGGCUGCCAUACAAUUGCCUAUGCCUUUGGCACCACCAAGCAUAAGGGUGAACUUUGCGAUACUAUUAUGAAUGUGGUUGGUGUUUUCAUGUGGGUUGCCGUGGGUGGAGUUGCCCUGCACUACUGGAAGGGUUACAUGUCCGACGAGGGUUUCCUUUAUGUAAAUUCUGAACGUCAAGUGGGCAUUGCCAUGGGAUCGCUAUGUGUCAUUGAGGGUGCUCUCUAUCUGCUGGAUACUGUGCUCGCUUGCAUACACUACUCUAAGGGUGACACCGACUACACACAGUAAGAGGAGAUGACUUGAGGAUCAGUCUGUAUCGCCGAAUAUACACACACAUACCACACACCCCCACACCAUAUUAUAUACACCCAUAUGUCGAUAACUGAUAGUUCAGUUUUAAGUGCAAAUUAGUUUAUAUAUUCAAGUUCAAGCUAAGUGUCGUUUUGUCGUUUUACAUAUCAUAUAUAAUAUUUCUUUUCGCUUAAA